UUAAGCUAGUAAUUAAAUGCGAUUGCCAAAUACAUGAAAUAGAAACGCACGUGUUUAUUGGUCGUGUGCCCCGUAUGAAACGUGUAUAUUCGAAUGACAUUGACUAGAGAAGCCAGACUUAAAAAAUGGCUGAAACGCAGAUGGAAGUGAGUCCGAAUAGGAGCAGAAAUCAACAAAAAACGAAGAGAAAGAAGAAGUCGCUUUCCUCCGUUUCACAGACUAUGGAUGCUGGGGAAGAUUCAAAGGAACAAACACCAGUUCUAAACAGCACAGAUGGAACGGGAAAUCAGAAGAAAAAACUCAAGAGGAAGACUGAUGCUGUGAUCUCAACACCUGACGCUAAAAUACAGAAGAAAUCACGCAGAGAUGUGGGAGAGGCUUCAAAGACGGCUACACCUGGCACAACAAAAAAGAACAAAGAGAAGAAGAACUCAAAGACAUCCAGUGCUAAAAAACCAUUAAGAGAUGAAGAUGAUGAUCAGGCAGAGUUUGCCGAGUCGGAUCUGCAGUUUGAGCCAGAGCUAGAGUUUGAGUCAGAUGGUGAAGAUGAGUCUGGAGAUGAAACAAACGACAAAGCGGGCUCUGAUGAGAAGAGAACAAAACCUGAGGAAGAUAACGAGGAGGAGGAUGCUGAAGAUGACAAGGAUGUGGAAGAUGUGUCCAACGAUCAACAAACAAAACCAGAAAUACAAUUACCAGGUACAAGCAUCGUACUGCCAGACACAAGUUUUGACUGCUUAGAAAGCAAGGUAUCAGAGUCCACUCUGAACGCCAUCAAGGAUAUGGGGUUCACACAUAUGACAGAGAUACAGUAUAAAGCCAUUCCAUAUCUCCUAGAUGGCAGGGAUCUCCUGGCAGCUGCUAAGACUGGUAGUGGCAAGACACUCGCAUUCCUCAUCCCUACAAUUGAGCUCAUUUACAAACUGAAGUUUAUGCCCAGAAAUGGCACCGGGGUCAUCAUACUGUCACCAACUAGAGAGCUGGCAAUGCAGACGUAUGGAGUCUUGAGGGAGACUCUUAAGUAUCACUAUCACACCUUUGGGCUUGUGAUGGGAGGAACAUGUCGUACGGCAGAGGCUAAGAAACUAGCGAAGGGGGUCAACAUUGUGGUUGCCACACCAGGGCGACUUCUUGAUCAUUUACAGAACACAGAGUCGUUCAUGUAUAAGAAUCUACAGUGUCUUGUGAUUGAUGAGGCAGAUCGUAUUCUUGAGGUGGGAUUUGAGCCAGAGAUGAGGCAGAUUAUUCGACUUCUCCCUAAGAGACGUCAAACCAUGCUUUUUUCAGCAACUCAGACCAGAAAGACGGAGGACUUGGCAAGAAUAUCUCUCAAGAAAGAGCCAAUUUAUGUUGGUGUUGAUGACAAUAAACUAGCAGCAACCGUGGAUGGGUUGGAACAGGGUUAUGUUGUGUGUUCAUCAGAUAAACGAUUCCUUCUCCUCUUCACAUUCUUAAAGAAGAAUCGUAACAAGAAGGUGAUGGUGUUCUUCUCUUCUUGUAUGUCAGUCAAGUAUCACAGUGAGCUGUUGAAUUACAUUGAUCUACCAGUCAUGGCAAUCCAUGGUAAACAGAAGCAGAAUAAGAGAACGCAGACAUUCUUCAAGUUCUGUAAUGCAGAUAAAGGUAUCCUGCUAUGUACAGAUGUAGCUGCUAGGGGUCUGGACAUCCCAGAGGUUGAUUGGAUUGUUCAAUAUGAUCCUCCAGAUGACCCCAAGGAAUACAUUCACCGGGUUGGUCGUACAGCCAGAGGCCUCGAGGGUAAAGGUCAUGCCCUUCUCAUACUCCGGCCUCAAGAACUCGGUUUCCUGAGAUUUCUGAAGCAAGCUCGAGUGCCACUCAAUGAGUUUGAGUUCUCAUGGACAAAAAUUGCUGACAUACAGUCACAGCUAGAGAAGUUGAUGAUGAAGAACUACUACCUGCAUCGCUCAGGUCAGGAGGCAUACAAGGGAUACGUACGAGCGUAUGAUUCACACAGCCUCAAGCAAAUCUUUGACAUCACCACGCUGGAUCUACAGAAGGUUGCCAAGUCAUUUGGGUUCAAAGUCCCACCAGGGGUUGACCUCAGCAUCAACGCCAUCAAGAGGGCUCAGAAGAAUAGAACUGGUUUCUCACCAGCUCAGCUCAGUCAAAAGAUGGCACAGAAAACCAAGAUUUAUAAACACAUCACAGGGAGCAAAGAUAAACGACAGUUUUCUCGCUAGGGCAAUUUUAUCCAUCACACUCUCUUAUUCUUACUAACUGAUCAUUUAAGAAAACAAAACUAGCACUAUGGCAACAGUUGGCACACUUGGUGAUCACAUCAGUGCAAUGAUAAUCUACCAUUUAAAGACAGUGGACACUAAUUGGUAAUUGUCAAAGACUAGUCUUCACAGUUUGUGUAUCUCAAAAUAUGCA